CGGCAGGAGCUCCGGAGGGGGCCCUGCGAAACGCGUGCAUUUAUUCAUCGCAAGUGUGCAAGGCUCGCCAAUUGAGAGGCAGAGGCAGCGCUGGUCGGGCUUAGGUAUUCUAGCCUCUGCGAAUGUAAUUUCGGAUUUAGAUUCAGCUUAAAUCCAAAGGGAAAACACUUUAUAAGGCUGAAAGCUGUGUAGUUGCAACAGCCAGGGUUAUGAGCUAUCAAAGGCAAUUACAUUAAAAUAGAUUAUACUGUGUAAAUUGAGCCAUUUAGAAGGUGAGAACCAAAGAAACAGCUCUGAUCCCCCUUCCUUCUAAAUUGCAGUUUUAGUUCCUUGCAAUUUUGAGGCACAAAAGUAGGUGAGACUGCUUUUGUAUCUGCAAAGUGCUUUAUUUCUGAGUGUAAUUCUAACUGAGUGCAAUCUAGGUUAAAAGCUGGACAACUGGGUAAUUAGAGCUCACUUGCUGCUAAAGGACGAUCAGCUGUACCGUAGCUCAUUUGUGUUCCCAGAGACUUGCUCUCCUCUCCCCUGAGCGGAGGCUGCUGGAGAAGAAGCAUCUGUGCCCGGACUUUUCUUGAUUGCGGAGAUGAUGGUGCUGGACAAGGAGGACGGCGUGCCGAUGCUCUCCGUGCAGCCCAAGGGGAAGCAGAAGGGCUGCGCCGGCUGCAACCGCAAGAUCAAGGACCGGUACCUGCUGAAGGCUCUGGAUAAGUAUUGGCAUGAAGAUUGCCUAAAGUGUGCCUGCUGUGACUGCCGUCUUGGAGAGGUUGGAUCAACUCUUUACACAAAAGCAAAUCUCAUUCUCUGCCGCAGAGAUUACCUGAGGCUCUUUGGUACCACCGGGAAUUGUGCUGCCUGCAGUAAACUGAUCCCUGCCUUUGAGAUGGUGAUGAGGGCCAGAGAUAAUGUUUACCAUUUGGACUGCUUUGCCUGUCAGCUCUGCAACCAGCGAUUCUGCGUGGGAGACAAAUUUUUCCUGAAGAACAACAUGAUCUUGUGUCAGAUGGACUAUGAGGAAGGGCAGCUGAACGGGAGCUUCGAGUCCCAGGUUCAAUAACAGCCCCUGCCUGGCUGGAGCACUGUGGGAUGGGCGCUUGGCCGCACGAGCAGCGAGGGCGUCUGUCAGCUUGCCUGCAAUAUUUUUUUAAUUCUUGGUCCAGAGAGGACUAUAUACAUUGUAGUACUUUUCCCCCCCAACACAAAGCAGUUACAAUUUUAGAUGUACAGUUGUGCCUGCUUAGCUGAGCACUGCAUUGCCUGUAUGUUUGUGAGUUUUUGGGGUCUGGGGGAGGGCUCUGUACAGUCUGUUUUCUGUAUAUAAACUGGAACAUUUAUUUUAUGAAAAAUGUAAUGCAAUUUUAUUACUGGUGUGAAUUAAAAAUUAUGAAUGUUUCCUGGUCA